AUGGAUAUGCAGUUCCCCGUAUUACCCGAGGACGAAUUCGUCCUCUACGCAACUCUGCUUGCUGUGCCGCAUGGCGGCGACGAAGUUGAACGUCAUCUACUUGGCCUUCUCAAGUUGACCCUCAACGAGACUGGAACUCUCGAGUAUGUUAUCUCGCGCGACGAUGUCAACCCUGAUAUUUUCCACGUUUUCGAGAAAUACUCUGGCCGUGAGGCCUUUGAGCAGCAUAUUGCUAGCCAGGAAUUCAAGGAUUUUGCCGCCUCUGGGCUUCUCGCAAAACCACCUGCACCAAAGGCACUCAAGCCUCUUCGGCCACUCUAG